GCUCAGACAGAUUCUUGCUCUCGAAAAUCUGGCGCUCCCACACACUGACAAGGACCUCUACCUGUUUUCGUGCCGUGAGAUGGUCUUCUCUUACCAGACGCCUGAACGAACCUCACCCGAUCAGAUUUCCGUCGCGCGUGAGAGGUGGUCGGACUUUCCUACAAAACUCGAGCAUGUUCUCAAGGUAAUCGAUGCGCUCAUGGACGGAUUAAACCCGGAACAACAGGAGUUUGUCGGGUCAGUGCUCUCGGGUGGAGUGGCGUCGUGCGCGCUCUUCCUACAUGGCUGCCCAGGCUCCGGGAAGACGACCGCCCUCGCCAUCGCCAUCCUCGCAAUCUUGGGAAGGAAGACCCUCAUCGUCGCGCAAUCAAACCAAGCCGUCGACGUGGUCGUUUCCAGAGUGCUGAAUCUUGUCGACUCGGUCAACAUUACCUUCGACGUCGAGGAUAUCACCCAGAAGGUGGUGCGCUUGUAUCCCGCAGCCAUCGAGGAUAGGAUUAGUCGGGAGCUUGCUGCACAGACCUGCGACAGAGUUGUGCUAGAAGAGGAGGAGAUUGUUCUUCCACAAGAGGCCGGUCUCAAGACCGCCUCAUUCGCCUACAGGCUAGAGGAAUAUUGCACCGAACACGAAGAGGACGAGCUCGUCCAGCGCUUCCGAACGGUCAGGGAAUACAGGGCAAACAUGAACAAGGACUUCAGCGAGACCAACCAGAAAUCCUACGACGUAGUCAUGGGGUACCUAGAGAAGCGCAUCUUCAAAGCCGCUCUUGUCGUCGGGACAACGACCACCAUGUCCCACGACCUCUUCGCUCGCGGGUUCGAAGCCGACGUCGUUGUGAUUGACGAAAUGAGCAAAUGUGCCCGAGCCUGCCGCGCUGGUGCCACUGACAUCUCAAAGACCGGGACUCGCAGUGUUCGCCGGAGAUCUCAAGCAACUCCCACCGCCGACGUUCUCGCCCCCUGGGAAGAACCCAUUCGCCGUCGUCCUGCAACUCAGCUUCGCCGAGCGAUGGCUGCAGACGUCGGCCGUGUCUCUCCAACAGAUCCGCCUUACAAGGAACUACAGCCAAUGCGCUGAAAUGUUCCAUCUCUCGGACUCCCUUUUCUACACGAUGGCAUGACAGCCCACCGCCGGCUCAUGGACGAAGAUCGCAGCCAACAUACGUGGUAUGAACAGAUGAGAUGUGAUGGGG